AUGAACUCAUACUGUCCAGGCGCCGUCGGCAACUCAUCCAAUCACGAUGACACUGACCCGGGGUUCACUCGAGAGGUAACCCUUUUUGGGAGCAUUUUGACCGGGACGAAAGAAGUCUUUGACGAAGCUUGCUCAUCGAAGCCGUCGCUAGAAGCCUUGCCGUCGUGCUUGACCUUUGGAGCUGGUUCAUGCUCGAGUUUCAGUCGUGGCUGGUGCUUCUUUUUUUAG